GACCUUUGACCCUGAGCAGCCAAUCACAGCAGGCUGAUCUGGGUCACCCUGCAGAACUCAGCCCGACCUGAUCAGAGCAGUUCUGGUUCUGAUGAGGGAGCAGCCGGGUCCAAUUUGAAGAACAAGCUACAUUAACCUGGUGACCUUAUGACCUUUGACCUUUCCAUGAUUCACCUGACAGUACACCAGGACCAUCUGGCCUCUUGUUCACCUUUGACCUCCUGGUCAGGAUGACCUGGGUUCACUGUUCUGUUCUCCUCCCUACAGUGCAUCAUGGGAACUCUGACGGCUCACCUGACUCAGUGUGAUGAAGAGGAAGCUGCAGCCCAGAGGGAGGAGUUUAGUCUGGAGGAGGCGGGGCCUGUCAGUGACGUCACAGGGUGGCUGCUGAGGCGUCUCCAUGGUAACAGGAGAGGCUGCGUGUUGCUAGGUGUGUGUGGGGGCGUGGCCUUUACUGCAGCGUUCCUAUUGGCCCUCGCUGUGUUCAGGGGGCGGGGCCUCUGCUCCCAGGAGGCGGGGCUAGAGCAGUCUGGGGGCGGGGCUAACAGACCUUUAGACGGAGGGGCGGAGCUUUACCUGGGGGAGCUGAGAGAGAUGAUGAGGAGGCUGCUGCAGGAUGAAGAUCUGCUCAGCACCGUCAGCCGGGUCAGCAGAGCGGAUCAUCCUCCUGGUUCCUCAGAGGGAACGGUUCUGGCCUCAGAGGUUCUGGGUCGGUUCAGGAAGCUGCAGAUGGAUCAAACCUGGACCGAGUCGCUGUUCGCCACGCUGCAGGUACCGGACAGGUCCAUCACCAGUUCCCUCCACCUGGUGGAUUCUGCAGGUCGGGUCUCUGAACAGAUUCCUCUGAAUCCGUCUGAUUACUGUCCCUACAGCGCCACAGGAAACUACACGGGGGGCGUGGUCUACGCCCACUUCGGCCGUCCGGAGGACUUCAACUGGCUGAGGAGCGUUGGUGUGUCGGUGGCCGGACACCUGGUGGUGAUGCGGGUCGGGGGCGGAGUCAGCUUCGCUGAGAAGGUCCGGUUGGCCGAAAGGAACGGAGGGGGCGGAGCUCUGAUAUACCCUGACCCCGCCGACCUGCCGCAGGACCCACGGCGCCUCGGACUGAACGCUCACACCGCCGUGUCUGAACAUGUCCACCUGGGCUCAGGUGACCCCUUCACCCCCGGCUUCCCGUCCUUCAAUCUCUCCCGGUUCCCUCCCAUCCCGUCCUCCGGCCUCCCGCUGAUCCCGGCGCUGCCAAUCACGGCUACUGUAGCCGCCAAGCUACUCAGCCAGCUGUCGGGUCCUCCCUGUCCGCCAUCUUGGAGAGGGCGGCUGCCGUACGUCCGCUGCGUUCUCGGUCCGGACUUCGGUUCUGGUCGGAGAGUCCGGCUGUCGGUCCAGAACCUGAUGACUCCGGUUCUGCUCAACAACAUCUUCUCCUCUCUGGAGGGCCGAGAGCCAGACCAGUACGUCAUACUGGGAGCCCAGAGAGACUCUCUGGGUCCAGGAGCCGUGAAGUCUGGAGUCGGAACCGCAGUCCUGCUGGAGCUGGCCAGAACCUUCACCGCCAUGGUGAAGAACGGUUUCAGUCCCAGGCGCAGUUUGCUCUUCGUCAGCUGGGAUGCCGGAGACUUCGGGAACGUCGGAGCGACGGAAUGGCUCGAGGGUUACCUGUCCAUGCUGCACCUGAAGGCUGUGGCCUACUUCAGUCUGGAUCAGGCCAUCAUGGGUGAUGAUCACCUGUCGGCCUUCACCAGUCCUCUGCUGGUCGACCUGCUGGACGCCGCCAUCAGACAGGUGGAGCAUCCUAAACAUGCAGGUCAGACCAUCUACAGCCAGGCUGAGAGAGACGGAGGCAGCUGGAGGAUCAUGAAACCUCUCUACCUGAACAGCGGCGCCUACAGCUUCACUGCGUUUGCUGGAGUUCCCUCCAUGGAGCUGAGGUUCACUGAGGACAGACCCUAUCCGUUCCUCAAUACGCCGCUGGACACCGUCCCUCGCCUCCAGGAGGUGCUGGGGGGUCGUCUGGGGGUCACUGGGCGGAGCCUGGCGGAGCUGGUGGGGGAGAUGGUGCUGCGACUGGUCCAUGACCACAUCCUGCCUCUACGCAUCACUUCCUACGCUCAGACGGUGCUGCAGUUCAGCGCUCACCUCAACAAGCAUUCAGCUGAGCUGCAGUCCAGAGGCGUCUCUCCUCAGUGGCUCUUCAGCGCCAGAGGAGAUUACAGUCGGGCAGCAGAGACUCUGCAGAGAGCCAUCGACUACAGCGACCUGCACGACCCCAACACCGCCCGACUCUACAACACCAGGAUCAUGAAGGUGGAGUACUACUUCCUGUCUCAGUACGUGUCGGCGAUGGAGACGCCGUUCCGUCAUGUGAUCCAUGGGCGGGGCAACCACACUCUGAGCGCGCUCACUGAGCAUCUGACCCUGCUGACCUCUGACCCCGGACGCUUCGACGAGAACCGCUUCAGACGGCAGCUGGCUCUGUUCACCUGGACGCUGCAGGGGGCGGCCAACGCUCUGAACGGAGACGUGUGGAGCAUCCGACACACACACACCUACACACACAAAUAGUGACACAACACACACCUACACACACAAAUAGAGACACACCUACACACACAAAUAGAGACACACACACACCUACACACACAAAUAGAGACACACACACCUACACACACAAAUAGAGACACACACAUAUAGAGACACACACACAAAUAGAGACACACACACCUACACACACAAAUAGAGACACACACACAUAUAGAGACACACACACAAAUAGAGACACACACCUACACACACAAAUAGACACACACACACACACACACACACAGUGUGAACAGCAGUGACCUGCUCUCUCUGCAUCAUGUCGUCCAUCAUUCAGUCUUUAGUGUCUGAAGAUCAACAGGUUCAAUAAAAACCAAGGAGAUCUGCUGGUUUCUGCUGAUUAAAUAUUCAUGAAGCGUCACUCUGAUGUUCUCCAGAUGAAUAAAUAAACAUCUGGAUCAUCCAGUGAAAUGGGUUUUA